UUGUUGAAUGCACAAAUAUGGAUGAGCUGAUUUGUAAUACUUGCAAAAUUCUGGACCUUCCAUUGGAUGGUGUUUAUAAGAUUGUUCUUGAAGGAGAUAGAGCAGAAUUUGAAGAAUUUGAAGACUUAACUCUGUUGGCAAAAAGAUAUUCUAUGCCAACAUGUUUAAUGAUACUUCCAAAAGGUGAUGUGUGGGAAACACCAGAAUUAUCCAGAUUUUCCUACGAAAUGACGUCUAGAACUUGUAAAAGAGGAGAGUCGGCAAGUGAGAGCCUAUGUUCGAGGCCAAGUACAAGCAUUGUAUCUUCAAUCGCCAAUGAAAAUCAAUGCUCCGGAUGAUAACCAGAGAUUGUUU